GUCAGCAGCAAGGAGUUCUGCAAGACCAUGAGGAUCACCAUGGCGCACGCCCUGCCCGACGAUUUGCCCUCCCCGUCGCCGAUCCUGGCCGUCGCGGGACCUUCGACCCUGCCUGCCGCCCGCUCCGCCGCCUCGUCUACAUUCGGCGCCUCACGCUCGUCCAGCGCCGUCUCCUCUGCCAAGCCUGGCCCCUCGUCGUCGUCAUUCUCGCUCGUCGCCGGUCUUUCCGCCUCCGCCUCCUCAUCGUCCUCCUCCUCGACCGCAGCGGGAUCUUCGACCCUCCGCGCUGCCGCCCCUGCACCACGCGCCGGACCUAGCUCGAGCGGUCCCUCGGACGAGUGGUCGCCGUCGAACCCCUUGGCCUUCAAGAUGCUCAGGAAGAGGCCAUGGUGCGAUGAGAAUGGGGAAGAUGAGGACCCGGAGAAGCUCUCAAGGAAGAAGAGGCUCUGGGAAUCAAAACGAUCGGCAAAGCCCGUCGCGAGGUAGAUCACCUUGGUCCCGCAAUGGCCCCGGAGACGAAGAGGUACAAUCUGUUCGAGAACAAGCGCCUCACGCCCGCCCAACAGAGCACACGAUUGGCAAGCGUCGUCCAGCCUCGCGGCCAUCCUUCGUCCAGCGACAAUUCCUCGGCGAGCCCGUUGUCAAGACCACGCAGUUCACCACGGAGAUCAGGAUCACUCUGGCGCACCUGAUCGACGAUUCGCCCUCCUCCCCGCCGAUCCUGGCCGCUGCAGGACCGUCGGACUGGAAGACUGCCGCCGCCUCCCGCUCCUCUUCCUCAUCGCUGGCCGUUUCGGGCCCGUCCACCCUCGCCGCUGGCUCGUCCUCGUUCCUGCCCAUCGUAGGUCCCUCUGUGGCCUCCUCCUCGCCCUCCUCCUCCUCCUCCUCCUCCUCCUCCUCCUCCUCCUCCUCUUCGUCGUCGGCCGCCACUGGUCGCCCCGCUCUUGCGCCUGCACAUCUCAACAGCCGCGGCCGGGGCGAUCGAAUCUCGCCGCACGACUCCAUGGGCUUCUUGGCGAUCAACAAGAGGCCUUGGACGGAUGUUGAGCACGAAGAUCCCGAAGUCAACACGAGGAUCAAGAAGCUGCGCUGGGCGCAGAUGCCUUGGGGGAAGAAGAGGGCCCUCCUGGCUGAGGCCGAGAUGGAGGAGGAGCAGCAGCAGCAGCAGAAGCAGCAGAAGCAGCAGCAGCAACAGGAGAGGAAUGGCGGCGCCGUUGGGGAGGAGGCUGACUGGGAGGAUGAAGAUGAGGAUGAUGAUGAGGAGGAGGAUUCGGAGAUUGCCCCGCCGAGCGCUGUGCCUCUGCGCAACCGUGUGAACGCCGAUUUGUCUGGCUGGACGAAAGAGGCGAAGGCUCAACGCGCCAAUGUGCAGAGGCGCCUGGCGAGGGCCAGGAGGAUGGCUGGUGGGCCAACGAGGGCGUACGAGAGGCGAGGAGGUAUGACGGAGGAGGAAAAAAGGGCCAAGAAAAGGGAGAUUGAUGACAGGAGUUUCGUCAAAAGGAGCGCAGAGAAGAAAGCGCUCGCGGCUGCUAGUGGGAGCAGGGUGCGCCCAGCGUAGUAUUCGAGGGAGUACCCAGUAGUACGUGUAGGUCUCGACAACGGGACAAGCCCCGACCACUCGCCUACACCUUCCUUCCUCGUGCCAGCGUACCUUCUCCCUCAAACUCGCCUCAAUGUCACCACUCGCUCCCUCUCAACGACGGCA